AAUACACUUGUCCCAUAGGAACAGAUUAGACACCGCUUGUAUCAACAAAUGUAAACAAAUCGGCAGAUGAACUUUAAGGAGUUGCCGUUCCAAAGGCCUGGCUUAGAAUGAUCUCGAGCCGCCUGUACCAUCAAGAUCAUGAUCAAGAUUCCCAACAACAACAACUAAGACCGUCCACAUUAGUCAACACAACCUAGGGAGUUACUUCUCUCCGGCCUUAGCAACUAAUAGCUAUCACUCAAGCGUGACAAGAAGGUUCCAUGGAUAAUAUCACGAAUGGAUUUUUACCCUAUUAUUGGGUCUCUUCUGAUGUCUGCACUCUCUCCCUUCACGCUACGCCGCCCAGCUGAUUGGAUACGUCCACAGCAGCCUCAAGGAUCUACCUAGGAAAAUGAGAACAGUAGAGACACUAAUUCAAGUUGGUGCAAAGUGACAAAUCAGAAUAGUAAGGAGCCAUCCCUAUUUGUUGAGACUGGAAUGAUGUGGAUGCAGCCAAGUGAUAUGUGGACUCUGGUGGCAGGCCUUGGAGGAGUGAUGAUGUUGCUGGCAAGCCUUUACCUUAAGAAGCAAAUGUUACAAGCAUUGAUGCGAUGGAGGGUGGCAGCAGCAUUGUGGUGCACAACCCAAAAAGUGUGGGUUGUGACUUCUCCACUCACUUGGGAGCAUGUUUUUCCUCAACUACACAGGGAGGCAAUAAAGGAUGGUGCAAUAGGACUAGAUUGUGAAUGGGUGCAUGUGAAGGGUUCAAGGAGACCAGUGGCCCUGUUGCAGAUGGCCACCUCCUCUGGCUUGUGUGUACUGGUUCGACUCUCCCAUCUCAAGGGCAUCACUCUGCCCAGUCUGAAGGAGUUCUUGAGGGAUGAUACUGUGCUGAAGGUUGGUGUUGGCAUUGUAGAAGACAGUGACUAUUUGAAUCAGGACUACAACUUACAAGUGCAAGGAUGCAUAGACCUGCGACAUCUGGUGCUGCUAAAAGAGAAAAUUGAAGGUAAUGGAGGAGGCCAUCACCUAGGUCUCAGUGCUCUUGCCAAAGCCUUCCUGGGCAUCACCCUGGACAAGGACUGGAGAGUUAGAGCCAGUGACUGGGAGGCAGAUACACUAUCCAAAAGACAGGUAAAAUAUGCAGCUGAUGAUGCCCUAGUUGGGAUGCAGCUGCUGAUGGUUUUAGUUGUGGAGUUGUUGGGGAGGAGUGAAGGAGCUUCCUCAUCCUUGCUGCCUCUCCUUUUACCUGCUUUUUGGCAGUCCCACCUUGCUAAGGCCAUCCGUCAAAUCUGCCACAACUAUAAAGACCUCAAGUUUUCCACCAAGAAUCAGGAUGCAGCUGUGAAGAGUGGUGUUGCUGUAAAAGCAGCUGCUUCUCCCCGCAAACCAAAGGAUGUUCAGCCAACCACUAGGAAGGGACCUCUAUACUACAACUGCCAGCUGCUUGCUCCUGAUAACCAGCCUCUUUGUACACUGGAUCCAAAAAAAGCCCACUGGUAUGUUGUGAAAGGCUUAGGUCAUCUUGUUAGCGAGGAACCUCUAAUAGUGCGUCUGAACUUUGAGCCAACUGGGAGACCUCAAGCUGAACGUGAGGAUGGAGAAUUCUACCUGCAGGAACGUCUCAAUGUAUGUGUAGUGUGUGGCCAGAAGGAUUCUUACAUAAGAAAGAAUGUUGUUCCCCAUGAGUACAGGAAACACUUCCCUUCCCUUCUCAAGCACCAUCAGAACCACGAUGUUCUGCUCCUUUGUUUCCCUUGUCAUCGUAAGAGUAACAUUCUAGAUGCACAGUUACGAAUGCAACUUGGCAAGGAAUUCCAGGCACCUGUGGGUAAUGAUCCUAAUGCUAAAGAUAUUAUAGACAAUUAUCGUAAACUGGUGAGAAAUGCAGCACGAGCUCUACUGAGGCACCACAGAAGUCUUCCUGAAGCUCGUGCACAGGAGUACCAAUACACUUUGCAGCAAUUUUUUAGUUGUGAGUCACUAACAGAGGAGCAGUUAAAAGAGGCUGCUAACAUGGAGGUGAAGGUGUAUAGAGAAGGUCAACAGGAGCAUGGACAAGCAGUAGUUGAAGCCUACAAGAUGAUUGGGCUGUCUAAAUUGGAGCAGCGAUGGAGGCAACACUUCAUUAACAUGAUGGAACCCCGCUUUCUUCCUGAAUGUUGGUCUGUCACUCACAACAUGUAUAAAAUGAAGCUUAAGAUGGCCCGCUUACCUCUGGACCACAAGGACCGCUUUGUGUAUAAGAUGGCUCUAGUAGGGACAGAAGGGACCAUUGAGGUGCCAUACAACCCAAGGGAAGGAAGGGGUGAAUCCCCAUUACAUGAUGCUCUUCCUGUGACAGAAAAAGGAAACAAGAUAUUGAUAACCCCAGGAGAAUCAGUGAUUGAAAAACAUUCCCCAAAAAGUAGAAAGAAAGAAAGAAGUGAAAAUUCCAGUUACUAAUGGUAAAACAGCAAAUUCUAGUGAUUUUGAUUUUGAAACCCUUAAUUUUUAAAUCAAAGUAACUAAAUGCAAAGUAGUGAUAUUGGUGUAACCAUAGAGGCAAGGAAUGAAGUGGAAGAGGAGAUUAUAGGGUGUAUAAACAGAAAUGAGAUUGAUAGCUAGGAAAAUGGGAGAGCAGUUCAAAUAAAGAGUAUUCAUAAAAAUUUGUAAGAUUACAUGUGAGUCAGUAAGACUGUUUACACCAAGCGAAUUGAUUCUAUUCAAUUCAUGAAGAAUCGUCUCAAUUCCCAAUUCAUGAUUCGUCUUGAUUUGCUAUAUCAAAUCCUAUGGAACCAUUUACAAAAAGCAAAUUAAGUCAAUUCAAAUCAUGGCAUGUCAUGGUGAACCAAAGUCAAUGAUUUGUGCAGGCCCAUUUUUCAUCAGUCAUGGCCAUUCUACCGAGGAGUGAGCAUCAUGUUUUUGGAUGAUCUGGUCAAUUUAGUACCAGAGAGACAUCUUACAUACAAUCCUUGUGAUCCUAUGCACUGAGAUCAGGAUGCCAUAGCUGCUUUAUCCUAAAGAAAUUUUUUUUUAUUCUUUGGAUUGUUCACCAAAUCUGGGAAUAAAUGUCCAAAGCUCCCAAAUUCAGGUCUCCUAGUAUUAAAUUCAUGCACCCAUAUUCUUGUUUGACACCUAUGACUAUGCUGCCUCAACCACAGCAACACCACUAUUUCAGCAAGAGAGUCUAUGUCCAUACUCAUCAAAGGCAGCCUGCACACUACUGCCUGUUGAUUCCCACAAUUUGACAGUCAGUGGGAAUGGUGCUGACUUAAAAUGAUUGAAGUCAGAUGAUUUCUUAUGAACUGAAUUGAAUGAAUUUGCUUAGUGUAAACAUGGCCUAAGAUAUAGGCACUUGAUUCACUGUAUGUCUUAAACCUAUUUAUUUAUUUUUUUUAUGUAGGAGGGACACUGGCCAAGGACAACAAAAAUCCAAUAAAUAAAAAAGCCGACUGAGAUGCCAGUCCUAGAAAAAAUUCCAAAGCAGUAGUCAAAAACUGAAGGAUAAGUGUCUUGAAACCUCCCUCUUGAAGGAAUUCAAGUCAUAGGUAGGUGGAAAUACAGAAGCAGGCAAGGAGUUCCAAAGUUUACCAGAGAAAUGGAUGAACAAUUGAGAAUACUGGUUAACUCUUACAUUAGAGAAGUGGGCAGAAUAGGGCUGAGAGAAGGAAGAUAGUUUUGUGCAGUGAGGCUGCGGGAGGAGGGGAGGCAUAAGAACAUAAGAAAUAAGGGAAGCUGCAAGAAGCCACAUGGCUUACGCAUGGCAGUCACUGUAUGAAAUAUACCUGAUAUAGAUAUAGGUCUAUUAGAAUCAGUACAGAGGAGAAUGACUAAGAGGAUACAGGGGAUGAGGAGUAUUCCUUAUGAGGUGAGAUUGAAGUUGUUAAAUUUACAUUCUUUAGAGAGACAUAGGUUGAGAGGGGACCUGAUAGAAGUCUUGAAGUGUUAUAAGGGUUAUAACAAGGGGGAUGUAAGCAAAAUUCUUAGGAUCAGCAACCAGGGUAGAACAAGAAAUAAUGGGUUCAAGCUCGAAAAAUUUAGAUUUUGGAAGGAGAUAGGAAAAAAAUUGGUUCUCAAAUAGAGUGGUAGAUGAGUGAAACGGACUCAGUAAUCAUGUUGUUAGUGCUAGAACACUAGAGAGCUUUAAGAGAAGAUUAGACAGGUUUAUGGAUGGGGAUAAUAGAUGGAAAUAGGUAGGUAUAUUUCAUACAGGGACUGCCACGCGUAAGCCUGGUCGCUUCUUGCAGCUUUCCUUAUUUCUUAUGUUCUUAUGUACCUAUUUCCACCUAUCAUCCCUUCCAUAAACCCAUCUAAUCUUCUCUUAAAGCUCCCUAAUGUCUUAUCAUUAACAACAUGGUUACUGAGUCCGUUCUAUUCAUCUACCACUCUAUUUGAGAACCAAUUUCUUCCUAUCUUUUUCUUAAACCUAAAUUUUUCAAGCUUGAACCCAUUAUUUCUUGUUCUGUCCUGGUUGCUGAUCCUAAGAAUUUUGCUUACAUCCCCCUUGUUAUAACCCUUAUACCACUUGAAGACUUCUAUCAGGUCUUCUCUUAACCUCUGUCUCUCUAAAGAAUGUAAAUUUAACAGCUUCAAUCUUGCCUCGUAAGGAAUACUCCUCAUCCCCUGUAUCCUUUUAGUUAACAAGAUCAGAAGACCAGUUAGCAUGACCUAUAAUAGCACUAAGUAACCUACACUGUCCUGUUAGGAACAGGUAGGGCAUGAAUUGUUAUACCAUAGACUUUUUUCUUCUUUCCCCACUUUCAGCGUGGGAACCAGACUGAGGUCAACUUUGCUUCCCUAUAAAUUUUUCAUCUCUUUUUCCUCCUCCCUUAGCAAUGCCAUGGGAACCAAGCUUAGUUCAGCAUUGUUCUCAUGGCUUAUUGUGGGUUCUCAUGGCUUAUUGUGAGGAAAGGGUGGUUCCUGUACAUAUGUGUAUAUAUAUAUAUAUAUAUAUAUAUAUAUAUAUAUAUAUAUAUAUAUAUAUAUAUAUAUAUAUACUGUUCUACUAUAUAUACACAGAAACAGUUAGCUCAACCUCCUUUUCCAGCAAUAACAACACAUUCACACACAUGACCAUCCAUUUUCAAAGAAGGAUUCUUGUAUAUUACAUAAAGCUGACGCACAUACAGACACUAAAAUAUCAGAAGCUACUUACAUUAAUCACCUGAAAUCUGAAUUUACAUAAACAACUGUCUUCAUCACAAUCAUAUCUCUUAUAAACUCUGUUCAGAGCUUUGGGGUUUAAGUUCAUAACUAAUCUAGUUCUCACACUGCUAAUCUUUGUCAGUCCUCACCACACCACAUGCGAGAACACACAAUGUGUGUCUAUAGCUUCAUACCUUUAUUUUGCUUCAUAUUUUUUUUCUUUGUCAUACAUAAGCUACUGCUGAUAGGUUAUUUUGUCACUUUUUUUUGUGUUUUAAUCUUGUCCCUUUAGUGAUUUGAUAUUUUAUGAAUGAAUUUUGUCUUUGUACUUAAUUUUUAUCAAGUUUUUAUUCUGAUGAUGCCUUCUGUGAAGGUGAAAUGUUACAAUAAAUGAAGAAAGAAG